AUGCUCUGGAGGAUCGCAAGGGUGCCUGGCAACGAGUUUGGCUGUGGGUGUGCACACCUAGCCAAGAAAUUUGUAAUUCAGUCUCAAUCGCGAUCUUUGCUCGUUGUGACGCACUCCCGUCGCAUUAGGGUUACUCCCUCUGUCGCCUACGCUCAUCCCUCCCGUCGCGUAAUCAUAUUCCCCCCCGUGGCCCACGCUCACUCCCCUCCCGUCGCCUUCGCUCUUUCCCCUCCAUCGUCCCACGCUCACUCCCUCGCGUCGUCUUCGCUCAUUCCCCCCCGUCGCCCAUGCUCACUCCCUACCGUCGUGUUCGCACACUCCCCUUCCGCCGCCCACGCUCACUCCCUCCCGUCGCGCUCGCUCACUCCCCUUCCGCCGCCCACGCGCACUCCGUCCCGUCGCGUUCGUCCACUCCCCUUCCACCGCCCACGCUCACUCCCCUCCCGUCGCGACUGUCCCCUCCGUCGCACACGCUCAUUCCUCUCAAACGCCCAUCUUCACUCCCCUCCGUCGCCCACGCUCACUCUCUCCCGUCGCCCACGCUCACUCCGACGGGAAGCACGCUCAUUUUCCAUCCGUCGCCCAUGCUCACUGCCUGUACGUCGCACACGCUCACUCCCCUCCGUCGCCCACGCUCACCCCCCCCCGUCGCCUUCGCUCACUCCCCUUCCGCCGCCCACGCUCGCUCCCUCCCGUCGCGUUCGGCCCCAUCCGUCGCCCACGCUCACUCCCCUGCCGUCGCCCAUCCGCCUCACCCCAUAUCCACCCCACCCCAUCUCCGCCUCACCCCAUCUCCGCCUCACCCCAUCUCCGCCUCACCCCAUCUCCGCCUCACCCCAUCUCCGCCUCACCCCAUCUCCGCCUCACCCCAUCUCCGCCUCACCCCAUCUCCGCCUCACCCCAUCUCCUCCUCACCCCAGCUCCGUCCGCGCGCACUCCCUCCCGUCGCGCGCGACAACUCCCCUUCCGCCGCCCACGUUCUCUCCCUCCCGCCCGCAUUCACUCACCCCCCUCGCUCGGCCACGCGAUUUCCCUCUUGUCGCCCACGCUCACACCACCCCGCCGCACACACUCUCCCCCCAUCCGUCGCCCACGCUCACUGCCCGUACUCCGCACACGCUCACUUCCCUCCGUCGCCCACGCUCACCACCUGCCCCUCGCCUUCUCUCAUUCCCCUCCGUCGCCUAUGCUCCCUCCCCAUCCCUUCCCUCCCCAUCCCUUCCCUCCCCAUCCCUUCCCUCCCCAUCCCUUCCCUCCCCAUCCCUUCCCUCCCCAUCCCUUCCCUCCCCAUCCCUUCCCUCCCCAUCCCUUCCCUCCCCAUCCCUUCCCUCCCCAUCCCUCCUCUCCCCGUCCCCUCCUCUCCCCGUUCCCUCCUCUCCCCAUCCCCGCCUCCCCAUCCCCGCCUCCCCAUCCCUUCCCUCUCCAUCCCCCAUCUCCCCAUCCCUCACCUCCCAGUCUCUCAUCUUACCAUUCCUCUUCUACCCAUCCCUCACCUCCCCAUCCCCGUUCCGCCCCACCCCAUUCCGCCCCAAACCCAUCCCUCCUCACCUUUCCCCAUCCCUCCUCUCCCCAUCCGUCCUUUCCCCAUCCGUCCUCCUCACCCCAUCUCCUCCUCACCCCAUCUCCUCCUCACCCCAUCUCCUCACCCCAUCCCCUCAUCACCCCAUCUCCUCCUCAUCCCUCCUCUCCCCGUCCCCUCCUCUCCCCAUGCCCUCCUCUCCCCGUCCCCUCCUCUCCCCGUCCCCUCCUCUCCCCGUUCCCUCCUCUCCCCGUCCCCUCCUCUCCCCGUCCCCUCCUCUCCCCGUUCCCUCCUCUCCCCGUCCCCUCCUCUCCCCGUUCCCUCCUCUCCCCGUUCCCUCCUCUCCCCGUCCCCUCCUCUCCCCCUCCCCUCCUAUACGCAUCCCCUCCUCUUUCAAACCCAUCCUCUCUUGGUUUUUCCUCACCCCAUCCCUUCAUCUCCCCAUCCCCUCCUCACCCCAUCCCCUCCUCUCUCCAUCCCCUCCUCUCCCCAUCCCCUCCUCUCCCCAUCCCCUCCUCUUCUCAUCCCCUCCUCUCCCUGCCCCCUCUUCUUCCCAUCCCCUCGUCUCCCUGUUCCCUCCUCUUCUUAUCCCUUCCUUCCCCCAUCCCGUUGCCCCUUUCCUCCAUGUCUCUUCACUUUGUUCCCCCCGUCCUCCUUCCUCAUUCCUCCCUGCCACCCUUUCUCCUCCCCUCUUUCCUCCCCAGCCUUUCUUCCUCCCCUCCCUUCUGCUUCUCUCCCCCCGUCCUCCCUACCUCCCUUCCCCCAACCAUCACUAA